AUGUCCUCCGUCGAGGUUCGCUCCGAGAAGAAGAAGAAGAAGCAACGCUCCAAAGAUGACGCACCAGACACGCCCAAACCAGUUGGUGACUUGGAGUCGCAGCCGGCUCAGAAGGACACCGAUUUCAUGAUCAAACCACAGAGCUACACUCCCACCAUCGACACUUCUCAGUGGCCCAUCCUUCUCAAGAACUACGAUCGUCUCAAUGUAAGAACCGGACACUACACUCCUCUUCCUUCCGGUUACUCCCCGCUGAAACGCCCCCUUGCCGAGUACAUAAGGUACGGUAUUAUGAACCUUGACAAACCCUCGAACCCAUCUUCGCACGAGGUCGUAGCUUGGAUUAAGCGGAUCCUCCGUGUCGAGAAAACGGGUCACAGUGGCACCUUGGAUCCCAAGGUCACCGGAAACCUUAUUGUCUGUAUUGACCGAGCCACAAGGCUUGUUAAGUCUCAGCAGGGUGCGGGGAAAGAGUAUGUUUGUAUAGCGAGGUUGCAUUCUGCGGUCCCCGAUGUCGCCAAGGUGGCUCGGGCACUCGAAACCCUUUCCGGGGCUGUGUUUCAGAGGCCACCCCUGAUUUCUGCUGUAAAAAGGCAGCUUAGGAUUAGAACUAUUUAUGAAAGCAAGCUACUUGAGUUCGACGCAGAAAAGCAUUUGGUUGUUUUUUGGAUUUCUUGUGAGGCUGGAACUUAUGUUAGGACGCUUUGUGUCCAUUUGGGUUUGAUUCUUGGUGUUGGAGCGCAUAUGCAGGAGCUUAGGAGAGUGAGGUCUGGGAUUCUGGGUGAGAAAGAUAACAUGGUCACUAUGCAUGAUGUUAUGGAUGCUCAAUGGGCUUAUGAUAAUUAUAGAGAUGAGAGUUACUUGAGGAGGGUGAUUAUGCCACUUGAAGUGAUUCUGACGAGUUAUAAGAGAUUGGUGGUGAAGGACUCUGCUGUAAAUGCCAUUUGUUAUGGUGCUAAGUUGAUGAUUCCUGGGUUGCUGAGAUUCGAGAAUGAUAUUGAGGCUGGUGAGGAAGUUGUGCUUAUGACAACCAAAGGAGAAGCCAUUGCUUUGGGGAUUGCAGAGAUGACCACUGCAGUUAUGGCUACUUGUGAUCAUGGUGUGGUGGCUAGGAUUAAGAGGGUUGUGAUGGAUCGUGAUACUUAUCCAAGAAAGUGGGGUCUGGGUCCUAAAGCAUCCAUGAAGAAGAAGUUGAUUGCCGAUGGUAAACUAGAUAAGCAUGGGAAGCCUAAUGAUAAAACACCUCAAGAGUGGGCUAGGAAUUUGAUUUUACCUACCGGCGGGGAUUCAAUGGUGGCAGGCCUUGCAGCUGCAAGUGAACCCACCAUUGCGGAGAAGCAGACUUCAGUAGUGGAGGAUGUCAUUGGUGAAAAGAAGGAGAAGAAAAAGAAGAUUAAGGAUAAUGAAGAUGACGGGGGACUCAAGCGAAAAUUUGAUGCAGUGGCGGACGAAGUUUCUGAGGGCAAAGAGAGUAAGAAGAAGAAGAAGAAGGAUAAGGAGAAUGGGCUUGUGGAUGAUGGGGUCAAGUCUGAGAAGGUGAAGGAUCAUAAAGAAGAAGCUGCCUCACCUGUAACUGAAAAGUCUGAGAAAAAGAAAAAGAAAAAGAACAAAGAAGCUGAGGAUGCUGCUGCUCAAUCUCCCAAAGUCACUGUCGAUGACAAGGGUGACAGUGAGGCUGAUAAGAGUGAGAAGAAGAAAAAGAAAAAAAAGAAAAGUAAAGAUGCUGAAGAAGAUUAGAUAAAAAAAGAUUUGAUUUUUGUUUGUAUUGUCUAAACUUUUUUUUUUCUUUGUUAUUUCUUCUGUAGCGAAUUUUGCCUUAGAAGCAUUACUGUUUUUGAAUUUUGAGCACUCCCCCGAGCACAACUUAUUUACAGUUUGCCUCCUCAAUGGCGUAAUUAGUACUUGAACUCAGGGAGUACAUUUCCUACUAUGUGGAAAAAGAGAGCUCAUUGUCAUGGAUUAGCUAUCUUUUCCAUUUGCAAUGCUUUCAUAGUAGUUAAAGUGUUUACAUUUUUAUUUUAUAACUGCUACAAUUUGAUGGAA